CGCGGGCGGGCCGGGGCCGGGGCCGGGGCGGUGCCGUGCCGCGCUCCCCGCGCCCGCCGGGUGCAGGCGCCUCUCCCUGGAGGAGCCGCCACAGCUCCCUGCGCCCGCCGCCGCCGGGGGACGGGAGCGGCAGCUGCGGCGGGCGGGCGGGCGGCGGGCCCCGGGGCGGUGGCAUGGCGGCGGCGCGCGCCUGGAGACUAUACCUUCUGUAAAGCUUUGUGGAAGAUAGAGGUACGCGCUGCAAUGGUGACAUAAAUAUUUCAGAGGACAGGAACAAGUUAUUGAGAAUCUGUAUUUGUUUUUAAUGCUGCUGUCAAGAACAAUCUAAGGCAAGUAAACAACAUGAGUUUUAUCGUGAAACUUCACAGACAUUUUCAAAGAACAGUUAUUUUGCUGGCCACUUUUUGCAUGGUGAGCAUAGUUAUUUCUGCGUACUACUUGUAUAAUGGCUACAAACAGGAAAAUGAACUUUCUGAAAUCUCUUCAGAAGUGGAAUGUGGUGAUCCUCAACUAUUGCCAUACAAGCUGAUGGAGUUGAAGACCAUGAAGCCUAUUGAUCCCCUGAGGACAGAUCUUGUAGUGCUGGUGUUUGUGGAAAGCCAGUACUCGGCAUUAGGCCAAGAUAUAAUAACCAUUUUAGAAUCUAGCAGAUUUCAGUUUCACAUUGAGAUUGCACCUGGGAAAGGUGACCUCCCGGUGCUCAUAGACAAAAAUAAAGGCAAAUAUGCUCUCAUAGUAUAUGAAAAUAUUCUAAAGUAUGUGAACAUGGACUCUUGGAACAGAGGCCUUCUAGAUAAGUACUGUAUAGAAUAUGGUGUAGGUGUUAUUGGAUUUCACAAAGGCAAUGAUAACAGCUUGCAGAGCGUUCAGUUGAAGGGCUUUCCUUUUCAUGUCCACAGCAAUCUGGGUAUUAAGGACUGUUGCAUUAACCCUCAUUCCCCACUGCUUCAUGUGACUAAAUCUUCUAAGCUUGAGAAAGGUCCCUUGCUUGGAAAUGACUGGGCGGUUUUCCAGAUUAAUCACACAGCUUAUCAACCAGUGAUAUUUGCAAAAGUAAAGACACCAGAAAAACUUUCACCACCUGCUGCUAUAAGUGCUCUCUAUGCCACAGUAAUUCAUGACCUGGGGCUUCACGAUGGGAUUCAACGGGUCCUUUUCGGCAGUAACUUGAAUUUUUGGCUGCACAAGCUGAUUUUCAUAGAUGCCAUCUCUUUCCUGUCUGGAAAGAAGCUCAGACUGUCCUUGGAUAGGUACAUUCUGGUUGACAUAGAUGACAUCUUCGUUGGGAAGGAGGGAACAAGAAUGAACACCAACGAUGUACAGGCCCUGCUUGACACUCAGAAUCUUUUGAGAGCUCAGAUUACAAAUUUUACUUUCAACCUGGGAUUUUCAGGGAAGUUUUAUCACACAGGCACCGAGGAGGAAGAUGAGGGUGAUGACCUGCUGUUGAGGUCCGUGGAUGAGUUUUGGUGGUUUCCCCAUAUGUGGAGCCACAUGCAGCCUCAUCUCUUCCACAAUGAGUCGUCACUGGUGGAGCAGAUGAUCCUCAACAAAAAAUUUGCCUUAGAACAUGGUAUUCCAACUGAUUUGGGCUAUGCGGUGGCUCCACACCAUUCUGGAGUCUAUCCAGUACAUGUUCAACUUUACGAUGCCUGGAAAAAGGUCUGGAAUAUCAGAGUUACCAGCACAGAAGAAUACCCACAUCUGAAGCCUGCAAGGUAUAGACGAGGCUUCAUCCACAAAAAUAUCAUGGUGCUUCCUAGGCAAACUUGUGGUCUAUUCACUCACACGAUUUUCUAUAAAGAAUAUCCUGGAGGCCCAAAGGAACUAGACAAAAGUAUUCAAGGAGGAGAGUUGUUCUUCACACUGGUUCUCAAUCCAAUUAGCAUCUUCAUGACACAUUUGUCUAAUUAUGGAAACGACCGCCUGGGGUUAUACACCUUUGUGAAUUUGGCCAACUUUGUUCAUACCUGGACAAACCUGAAACUGCAGACUCUUCCUCCAGUUCAGCUGGCUCACAAGUAUUUUGAACUGUUCCCUGAGCAAAAGGACCCUCUCUGGCAGAAUCCCUGUGAUGACAAACGGCACAGAGAUAUCUGGUCUAAAGAAAAAACCUGUGAUAGAUUACCAAAAUUCUUGGUUGUAGGACCACAGAAAACUGGUACCACAGCCUUGUAUUUGUUCCUGAUCAUGCAUCCUUCCAUCAUUAGUAACUCCCCCAGCCCAAAAACCUUUGAGGAGGUACAGUUCUUUAAUAGAAAUAACUACCACAGGGGGAUUGAUUGGUACAUGGAUUUCUUCCCCACUCCUUCCAAUGUCACCACGGACUUCCUCUUUGAGAAAAGUGCCAACUAUUUCCAUUCUGAGGAAGCUCCUAAGCGAGCUGCUUCCCUCAUCCCCAAGGCCAAGAUCAUCACCAUCCUCAUCGACCCAUCCGAUCGGGCAUAUUCCUGGUAUCAGCAUCAGCGAUCACAUGAAGACCCUGCAGCUCUAAAAUUCAGCUUCUACCAGGUGAUCACAGCUGGACCUCGAGCCCCAUCUGAGCUCAGAGCUCUCCAAAAGAGAUGCCUAGCACCUGGAUGGUAUGCUACCCAUAUUGAAAGGUGGCUAACUUACUUCCCACCUUAUCAGUUGCUAAUUAUUGAUGGCCAGCAGCUGAGAACUGACCCGUCUACCGUAAUGGAUGAAGUACAGAAAUUUCUAGGAGUCUCUCCUCAUUAUAAUUACUCUGAAGCCCUAACGUUCGAUUCACAUAAAGGUUUCUGGUGUCAGCUUCUGGAAGAAGGAAAAACAAAGUGUCUUGGAAAGAGCAAAGGUAGAAAAUACCCUCCUAUGGAUUCUGAGUGCAGGGCUUUUCUGUCAAGCUACUACAGAGAUCACAAUGUGGAACUGUCAAAACUCCUACACAAAUUGGGACAACCCCUGCCAUCAUGGCUGAGACAGGAGCUACAGAAAGUAGUGGAAUGGAAACCAGUCUGUUACUCCCUAAAUAGAAAACAGAUGUUGAAAUCCUUACUGUACCUCUAACUGGAGACUUUAAAAAAACAGAAUGACUUUUAAUGUGCAGUCAACUUGGUGAAGAAUGAAGAGUCUGAGCAAAGCAUGCAGACAACAGCUAGAUGAGUUAUUCUCCAAAUCACAGGAUGCACAUGAGUGCAGCUGAGUAAGCAAGUCAUACAACAUGAGUUACCUGACAAAGCUUAACCUCUUCUAUUCACAGCUUACCUACAAUCAGUGUUUGAUUUCCAGAAAUAGACUAUCAAUAUUAACACUUUUUUAAAACUCUGAUUCAUUACAAUGAAUUUAUAUUUGCUAGUCAAAGUCAGAUGUUUUAUUGUGGUUGGUAACACAGCCAUGGUUUCUGUUCACCCAGUAGAUAACUGCACAAGCAAUUUCUUUAACAAAUGUUGAUUAUGUGAGCUUCACCUUUAUUUUCUUAAAUACAAUUUCCAAAUUUGCUUUCUGCAGACAUCUGCGCCAUUGAAAAUAGAUGUGAUUAUGAGCAGAAAGUGACCAUUAGAGGGGGCGUAAAUACAGAGCCUGAUAUGAAAUCACUUAAUUAUUUGAGCAAAAAUUCCUGAUAAUACUGUGAUAUUUUCCCAGUUCUACUUGUGCAGAAAGAAUUAGUUUCAAUGAUUUGCAGUUGAUCUUGUACAGAGUAUCCUUUUUCAUUGCUUAAAUAUGUGAAACUUCCUCAGGAAGAAAUUAAAUAGAUAUUUCAAUGUUUAUAGAUGUAAUACUCUUGUCAUUCACAUUGAAUGAAAAUUGCUGGAAACAUUUUUCUCAAAGUUUUUUAAAAUAAAAAAUAGAUAUUAUUCUGAUAGUGGCAUGGUAUCUGAAGUGCAACAAUAAACUCUGAUAAGAAAAUGUAGUACUGUGUGGAAGUGAUUCUUAUGUUCACAAAAGUUGUCCUUUUCCAGGUUUGCUAGCAGCUGUUGCAGCUUGACACUGAGCUACAACACAAUCCAGGAGCACAGAAGCAGCAUGAAAUGUUUUCAGAAAUGA